AUGGAUCGUACGAAAAGAUGUGAUGAUAAUGGUACAGGUGCAUUGGAGCCAGAUGAUUCUAAUAAUGAUCUAAACGACUCGGAACAAGAAGUGGUAGAUAUUGAAUAUAUGGGCAAUAACAACGAUACUGAUUCACUUAGUGAAUACGAUGAUACUGAAGUGAACGUUGCUGGUAAUAAAUCAGAUGAUAAUGAUAAAUUAUCAGAAACAUUUGAUUCACUCGAUGAAGAACAAUUAUUAUUUGAUAAUGGUGAUAAUGACACAGAUGACGAUGAAUUUAUGGAUGAUUGGACAACAUAUGUUAUCCAAUCAGAUUGUGAAAUUGUUCGUGAACAAAAUAUGAUUUUAGUUGUGUUGAAAAAGUGUCGUGGUUUAAUCUCAAUGAUCAAAAGAUCAACAAUUCUUACUUUAUACUUUGAUGCUCAACGAAAAAGGUUUAAAAAAGCCUUAAAUCUAUGUUAUUACGUAAAAUCUCAUUGCAACAGUACAUACUGCAUGAUAAAUUCAUUUAUUGUUCUUCGUGAAAUUAUUGAAAAUCUCUUUAGUAAUAAGCAUCAAUUACAUAUCACACAGCAACAAGUUAAAAAAUGA